AUGUCUACCACCAAUUAUAACGGUCAGCCAGCCGAAAGUUCAGCUUUCAACGCUGAAAAUUGGCCUGCUUCUAAAGUUCGUGAUACAUUCUUGAACUUCUUUAAGGAAAGAGGACAUACUUUUGUUCCAUCAUCUUCUGUUAUUCCACAUGAUGAUCCUACUUUACUUUUUGCCAAUGCAGGUAUGAACCAAUACAAGCCAAUCUUUUUGGGAACUAUUGACCCAUCUUCUCCAUUGGCACACAUUAAAAGGGCCACAAACUCUCAGAAAUGUAUUAGAGCAGGUGGAAAGCAUAAUGAUUUGGAAGAUGUCGGUAGGGAUUCUUAUCAUCACACAUUCUUUGAGAUGUUGGGUAACUGGUCGUUUGGUGACUAUUUCAAAGAAGGCGCGGUGGGAUUUUCUUGGGAACUUCUAACAAAGGUUUACAAGCUUGACCCAAGUCGAUUGUAUGUUACCUACUUUGGAGGUGACAAGAAGGCUGGACUUCAGCCAGAUUUAGAGACGAAGAAGAUCUGGGAAAAUAUCGGUGUUUCGGAAAGUCAUAUCUUACCUGGUUCCGCCAAAGACAAUUUCUGGGAGAUGGGUGACCAAGGUCCAUGUGGUCCAUGCUCAGAGAUCCAUUAUGAUCGUAUUGGCGGCAGGAAUGCUGCAGAUUUGGUGAACAAAGAUGAUCCAGAUGUUUUAGAAAUUUGGAACAAUGUCUUCAUCCAGUUCAACAGAGAACAGGAUGGUUCUUUGAAGUCAUUGCCUCAGAAACAUAUUGAUACUGGUAUGGGAUUUGAGCGGUUGGUUUCCAUCUUACAAAAUGUUAGGUCUAACUACGAUACUGAUGUCUUCAGACCAUUGUUCGCAAAGAUACAAGAGAUCACUGGCGUCAGACCUUACACUGGAAAGUUCGGUAAGGAGGACGUUGACGGAAUUGAUACUGCAUACAGAGUGUUGGCUGAUCACGUGCGUACUCUUACUUUCGCAAUUGCAGACGGUGGUGUGCCAAACAAUGAAGGUAGAGGCUAUGUUUUAAGGAGAAUUUUGAGAAGAGGUGCAAGAUAUGCCAGGAAAUACAUGAACUACCCAAUCGGCAAGUUCUUUUCCAGUCUUGCUCCAACCUUAAUUGAGCAGGUGAAAAAUAUAUUCCCUGAACUUACUAAGGAUCCUCAGACUAUCUACGAGAUUAUGGAUGAAGAGGAAGCAUCAUUUGCCAGAACUUUGGACAGAGGUGAAAAGCUAUUCGAAUCUUAUGCUGAAAAGGCAUCGAAAACAUCUGAGAAGAUGCUCUCUGGAAAGGACGUGUGGAGAUUGUAUGACACUUACGGUUUCCCGGUUGAUUUGACUAGAUUGAUGGCCGAAGAAGCUGGCUUGAAGAUUGAUGAGGAAGGAUUCGAAAAGGCAAAGCUUGCCUCAUGGAAGGCUUCCAAGUCUGGUAAUUCUAAGGGCGGUAAGAAACUUCUCAAGCUCGAUGUUCAUGCUCUGGGCGAUCUUCAGUCCAAUGACAAGAUCUCUCAGACGGAUGAUCAAUUCAAGUACACCAGCAAUGAUGUUGAAGCAGACAUUCAGGCCAUUUACGUGGAUCAGAAGUUUGUGAACUCCACGGAAGGAUUGAAAGAAGGUCAGCAGAUCGGUAUCAUUUUGAGCAAGACACCAUUUUAUGCAGAACAAGGUGGACAGGUGAAUGAUACCGGUAAGCUUGUGAUUGACGGUCAAGCCGAGUUUAAUGUUGAAAACGUUCAGACGUAUGCCGGUUAUGUUUUACACACUGGAUAUAUAGAAGAGGGAUCUCUUAAAGUGGGAGAAUCAGUUAUUGCUAGUUACGAUGAGACGAGGAGAGAAUCGUUAAGACACAACCAUACUGGUACUCAUAUCUUGAACUUUGCUUUGAGGAGUGUUCUGGGAGACUCAGUUGAUCAGAAAGGUUCAUUGGUUGCCCCUGAUAAGUUGAGAUUCGAUUUCUCCUUUAAGAAGGCUUUGAAACUAGAUCAAAUCAAAAAGACGGAGGAAAUCGUGAAUAAGAUUAUUAAGGAUGACGUCAAGGUUUACACUAAGUCUGUUCCACUGGAGGAGGCCAAAAAGAUCAAUGGAUUGAGAGCAGUCUUUGGAGAGAGUUAUCCUGAUCCUGUUCGUGUCGUUUCUGUUGGUAAUUCCGUGGAUGAGCUCAUUGCCGACCCUUCAAAUAAGAAAUGGCUCAACUACCCAAUUGAAUUCUGUGGUGGUACGCACGUUUCCAGAUCCAGCGAUAUUAAGUUCUUAGUUAUUACUGAAGAAGGUGGUAUUGCCAAGGGUAUAAGAAGAAUUAUGGCACUUACUGGAGAAGAAGCACUCAAAACCAAGACUGUCGCCAAUGAGUUUGAAGCAGUUCUAGACGACAUCGAGAAAAUGCCAUUUGGAAAUGCCAAGCAAAAAGCUCUCAAGGCCAAUACUACCAAGCUGGGCAAACUCAUAGUUUCAAUUUUGGAUAAGGAAAGCUUGAAGAGCAAGUUCAACAAAAUUGAUAAGGACGUUAAAAAUGAGUUGAAGAAGAGACAAAAGGCUGCAACUAAGAAGGCCGAGGAAGAAAUUUCCCAAUACUUUGAGGAGCAUCCAGAUUCUCAGUUUGUUGCUCUUCACAUUGACACCGGUUCAAAUGCCAGAGUUAUUACGGAAGCAUUCAAUUACUUGAAGAAGAAUUUCAAGGGAAAAUCUCUAUUCAUCAUAAUUGGUACUAGUGAAGAUCAAAGAGUUGCUCAAGGUGUGUACAUUUCUGAUGAGCACUUGAAGAGUCUUGCCAGCUCCGAUGUUGCCAAGGUUGCUUCUGAAUAUAUUGGUGGUAAGGCUGGAGGAAGAGGUAAUAUUUGCCAAGGUAUGGGUGACAAACCGAACGGAAUUAACAAGGCUGUUGAUGCUGUCACAAAAUUGUUUGAAGAGAAACUUAAGUUGUGA